AUGACGGUUUUCCAAAGGAAUAUCCCUAUGCCAUCACAUAUCGGUCCAGUACUAGGACGCAGUUCUUACAUUGAUGAUAUUGCUCAUGGUGCGAAAACAUGGGAUCAACUUUGCGAAGAUCUGGAUACCUUGCUGUAUCGCUUACGUUACUGGAAUAUAUCAGCGAGUUUACCAAAGAGCGAGUUUGGAAAACGAUCGAUCCCCUACCUGUCACAUGAAAUUAGUGCAGAAGGUAUCCGAGCGACCCCAAAAGUUGCGAAAGGUGUUAUGGAUCUACCGUUCCCCAAAUCUCACAAAGGUGUGCUAUCGUUUCUUGGAAGUCUGAACUACUACCAUAAGUUCAUUGAAGACUUUCCGGUAGUAGCAGCAGUUCUUUAUGAACUUUCAGAAGACCAGAUACGUCAAGGACGAGACCUCUCGCGAGCUCACGAAUCGUUAGAGCUGCUCAAAAGGAAAAUCGUUGCGACGCCAAUGUUGAGACAUCCGGACAUCCAAAAGCCAUUUGUAAUCAUUCCGCAAGCGAACCGUUGGGCUCCUUGUGCAAUCGUAGGACAAGAACACGACGGAAAGAUACAACCAGUUCGGUACACGGGACGCGUUUUGAACGAUGCCGAACUCCAGUAUCACAUUGCCAAGAAGGAGGUCAUUGCUAUCCUGCGAGCUUUACAAGUAUUUCGGACUACUCUGGAAGGCCGACGACUGAUCAUUUACACAAGAUAUUCUGUUUUAAAAUGGGUGUUACAGUCAAAGUCGGCAGACGGGAGGUGUGUCCCUUGGGGAGUCACGCUCUCACAUUGGGAUAUUGAGAUCAGGAAAGUCCAAAAGGAUGAAGAUGGACUUGCAGCCAUCAUGGAAGCAGGGAUCACACCACGGGAACAUUUGGAUGAGGCUGUGGAAACGUUGAUCCCCCUGGAGGGACAUGUCCGAAAGCCCCCAGUAGUGAGAGUGGAGAUGUUGGGAAGGGAUUUCCAAGGAGUCGUGCUGAGUUUCGACGGUGCCGCAAAACACUCCACCAAGAAGGGGAGUUGUGGUUGUGUAUUAUGGCAGUUACCCGGUUGGAAGGUUUUGAAAGCGAAGGGUUUCCUUUUGGAGAAUGUCACGGUAAACGACGCCGAGUACCAUGGACUUCUCAAAGGACUCGAGAUGGCCAUCGAAAAGGUUGCAGGAUUUGUGGGAGAUUCCCGGAUUGUUAUUCAACAAGUUCAAGGACUGAUCAACUGCAAUCAGCCACAUCCCCAAAAGCAUCUUGCUAAGGUUGAGGUGUUGAAGAAGGAAUUCGGAUCGUUACGCCUGGUUCAUCUGAAGCGAGAAUACAAUCAGGCUGCUGACUAUUUGACCACGAAGACUUUGGCUAUGGAUGAGUCAUGGGACGUUAUGGAUCCGGUCGAGAUCGAGCAUUUGGAGCAGGUAUCAAAGUUUGCGGAAAAACUCAUGAAAGUGGAGGACCCCAAGUUGAAAUCUGGGGUCGAUCCAACUUCUGGAGGAAUACUGUCGAAGGACGCCGAGCAGCCUACUGCGGAGUCAGCUCCAUUGACAAAAUCAGCUCGCGUACUUGCAGCUGUGACGCGUUCCAGAAGCCUGGCCGAAUCCACUUUGAGGAACCGACCUAUGAAUCCUUUGGAAUUCCAAGCUGAACGAUGGCGACGCAUCCGGGUACAUCAGGACGCAGAUGAGUAUCUGUCUGAGAUCAAAGACUUUCUGAAGGAGGACCUCGAAAAGUUCUCGCCCCGAAGACUGAGAAAGGUCGCCAAUGUUGCCGAUCUAUUCGUGCGAGACACUAGGGAUGUGUUGUAUCGACUAGCUCGCUCAACUCGCGAUCGCCCUCGGGGCCUUCAAGAUGAUCCUCGACUCGUUGUUCCAAAAGCUCUCAGGGACGAUGCCCUACAUUAUAGUCACGAGGACUUUCAAGGAGGCCACCAAGGCAUCACCAGGUCCCAUAAGAGGUUAUGUUCAGAAUUCUACUGGCCUGGGAUGUAUGCGGACGUUGAACACUUUGUGAAGGAGUGCGUUGAUUGUGCGAGUGGAAAGGGAAAACCCCCAAACGCCGGACCAUCGCCUGGGAAUAUCGAACCUCGACAACCUUUCGAAGUGGUUUCGAUGGAUUUUGUGACACACAUGCCGAAGUCCGACCGAGGUAAUAAAUUUUUGCUAUGA